GCCAGGAAGCGCGGAAGGAACCGCCGGGGGCCAUGGACGGGGCCGUGAUGGAAGGGCCGCUGUUUUUGCAGAGUCAGCGUUUCGGGACCAAGAGAUGGAGGAAGACCUGGGCGGUUCUCUACCCGGCCAGUCCCCACGGUGUCGCGCGGCUCGAGUUCUUUGACCACAAGGGGUCGAGCUCUGGAGGUGGCCGAGGGAGCUCGCGCCGCCUGGACUGCAAGGUGAUCCGGCUGGCAGAGUGUGUGAGCGUGGCCCCCGUGGCGGUGGAGAGCCCCCCUGAGCCUGGCGCCGCAGCUUUUCGCCUGGACACCGCACAGCGAUCCCACUUGCUGGCGGCCGACGCGCCGUCCAGUGCAGCCUGGGUGCAAACGCUGUGCCAAAACGCCUUUCCGAAAGGCAGCUGGGCCCUGGCACCUGCCGAGAACCCACCCAAGCUUUCUGCCCUGGAGAUGCUGGAGAACUCGCUGUAUAGCCCCUCCUGGGAAGGAUCCCAGUUCUGGGUGACGGUGCAGAAGACUGAGGCCGCUGAGCGCUGUGGCCUGCACGGCUCCUACGUGCUGAGAGUGGAGGCGGACAAGCUGACUCUUCUGGCCGCGGGGGCCCAGAGUCAGAUAUUGGAGCCACUCCUUUCCUGGCCCUACACUCUGUUGCGUCGCUAUGGCCGUGACAAGGUCAUGUUCUCUUUUGAGGCUGGCCGCCGCUGUCCCUCCGGCCCUGGAACCUUCACCUUUCACACGGCACAGGGAAAUGACAUCUUUCAGGCAGUCGAGACUGCUAUCCACCGACAGAAGACUCAGGGGAAGGCUGGCCAGGGGCAGGAUGUUCUCAGAGCUGAUUCCCAUGAAGGAGAAGUGGCAGACGGGAAGCUGGCUUCCCCCGCGGCCCCCCUGGAGCUCCCAGGCAGCCCUCCAGCCCUGUAUGCGGAACCCUUAGACUCCCUGCGCGUUCCUCCAGGCCUGGGCCAAGAUUCCCUAUACUCAGACCCCGUGGACAGCACCCCUGCGCACACAGGCGAGGGGACACAGUUAAAGAAAGCUCUCUACUGGGACUUGUGUGAGCAUGUGCAGCAAAAGCUGAUAAAGGCCAAGUUGACAGACCCUAAAGAAGACCCCAUUUAUGAUGAACCUGAGGGCCUGGCCCCAGCCACUCUCCGGGGCCUUUAUGAUCUGCCUCAGGAGCCCAAGGAUGCAUGGUGGUGCCAGGCUCGGGUGAAAGAGGAGGGCUAUGAGCUCCCCUACAACCCUGCCACUGAUGACUAUGCUGUGCCACCCCCUCGGAGCACAAAGCCCUUCCCAGCUCCCAAGCCCCAGGGCCGGGCCUUACCUGAAUCUGGUGCUGCAACUGGCGGUGGCAGCCAAGGCCAUAGCUCAGACACUGCCCUGUACAGCCAGGUCCAGAAAAGUGGGGCCUCGGGGAGCUGGGAUUGUGGGCUUCCUGGAGUAGGGACUGACAGGACUGGGGCCAAGUCAGAGGGUUCCACGUGAGAAAUAGGGCGAAGCUGAGGUUGCUGAUAGGAGGACCAUGGGGAAGGGGCGUGGGAUCAAAGGAACCUGUUAGAGCCAGCACGAACCAGGGGGCCUGUGUGCAGAGAGCGGGGUGCAAGGGGGGUCCAGGCAAGGAUGAUCUGUCCCAAGAAGUCAUGGAAGUGGGACAGAGUCACAAAGGGGCUCAGGGAUGGGGGCUGGGGGAGGCCAGCACCUCUAAGUCAUCCCCACCAAAGGAAGGGAUAGCUGCCAGAGCAGAACUGUAGAAAAGGGUAUUUGGUCAGAGGAGGUGUGGUUUGAGAGGCUUGUAUGGAAGUAAAGGGGGACACUGAGCUGUGUCUGGACCCCUCCCCCUUCAUUGUUCUUUACCAAAUAUAUACAUAUAUAUAUAUAAUUUUGGGGGGGGGGUAAGUUUUAUUCCCAUUAAAGUCAGUUUGGAUUUAAGAGGUCUUUGUCUGUGAACAGUCAAAGGGGACCGAGUGGCAAGAUGAGCUGGGUAGACAUGGGAUUAGGAGAACCAGAAAGGUGUUGGGGGCCACUGAAGGAGGAGAGGGCCCCAGGGACGGGGUGAUCAUUCGGAGUCUGAAAGGUCCAGUUAGGCCCACAUGGGGUGGGUGGGACCCUGGGUAUAACGUCGGUAACCCUCAGUUUCCCCUGUUGCUCUUAUGUAAAAUGGGAAAGCUUAAUUAUAGGCACAACCUCAGAGGGUUGUUUGUAUGGAAGGAGUUAAAUUUCUCAAGUACUUAAUUGAUUUGAAGUGCAGAAUAAGCAUUUUACAAAUGGUAGUUAUUCUGUGGAUGGACGAGGCUGCUGGGCAGGUGUGAGGAAAGGGGAACAGGGAAGGAACAGGCCUUUUUCAUACCACCCUCUCCCCUGUUCUCAGCUCUAGGAUACCCCCCUCCCCUUGUCUCUCUCUUUCUCUCUCUCAACCACACACUUUGCGUGUAGGUAGCAAGCACCAGCCACUUUUCUGUUUGAAGGCUGACGGGAAUUGCAGUGUUGAUGGGUGUGGUGGGAGGGGCACAGGCUUUGAAAUGAAGCUUAGAUUUCACUCCUACUUGUUUUUCAUGAGCUCUGAAAACCUCA